AUAAAUACAAAUAAAUUUUUUCAAGAAUUUAAUUCAUUAAAAUUAUCAUCAACAUCAAAUACAUUAAUAUUUCAAAAUGAAAUUGAUAUUUAUUUACAACAACGAAAAGAAAAUAAUAAUUCAAUUCAUAUGAAUCUAAUAGAUGAAAAUCAAAUGAAGAAAAUUUUACAUUCAAAUCAAAUUAUUUGUCAUCAAAUAAAACAAGAUAUCUUAUUUCUCAAUAAAAAUAAUUCAUUAUUAUUAAAUCAAAUAACAACAAUCAAUAAACAACAAAAUCAUUUAACCGCAUAUAUCGAUUCAUUUCAUACUGAACAACAACAAAUGUUAAAUAUUCAAAAGAAAUUCGAUUAUAUAAAACAUAGUACUGAUUUAAAUAAUCAAAAUUAUCAACGAUUUAAACAAGAAAAAGAGAAAAUAAUACUUUGCUUACUAACGAAACAACAUUUAAUUAUCCUUAUUACUGAAUAUAUUGAAGAAAAUGAAAAAAAAUUAAGUAAAUAUAAAUUAUGCUAUAAUAAACUUUUGAAUAAUAUUCAACAAGUACGAAAUACAGUAUUAUAUGAAACGCGACAUAAGAAACCAUUAAAGAAAUAUAACCAAUUAAUUAUUUAUUUACAAAAAGAUUUAUUCAAAUAUAAGAAGAAAACUAAGGAUUUACAAUAUCGAAUUUAUCAACGAACUAAAAUCAGUUCUCACCAUAAAUCAGUUCAAAAAGAAUUAAAUAAUAAUCAAUCGUAUCAUAUCGAUUUCGAACAAAAAUUAUCAUUAAUUAUCUAUCAACUAAUUUGUAAAACACAUUAUAAUAUUAUUCUACAUAAACGUUUAGAUGUUCUUAUCGAACAUAUUUUUUUACUUAAUAAUAUCGAUGAAAAACAAUCAUUAAAAAAAUCUUAUUUAUUCUAUGUCAAUAAUAAUUUCAAAACAACCAAUCAAAUAAAAUCUUCUCUAGCUGAAUUACGUAUUUUAAAAAAUGAAAUAUUAAUUUAUAAACAAAUCUAUAUGAAUAUAAAAUCUUUAUUAAAAGAAAAACAACAGGAACUGAAUUGUAAUGGUUAA